GGGAAGUCAAAAAGAAGGUGAAAGAUGCUAAGGAAGGCUAAAGAAGAGAAUUCUAACUCUUUCUUUGGAACAUGGACUCUAGCAUGUUAUACCACUGUGUCCUGUAUACCUUGACUCUUGCAGUGUUUGUUGCUGGGAAUGUCCAUCCUGAAUGUGAUUUUAUAACAGAGCUGAAGAAAAAGGAGGCUGAAUGUCUGGAGGAGUCAGAAAAGCAUGGGAAUGCAACAACAGGUUGCAAGAGAACCUGGGACAAAUUAUUGUGCUGGCCAGAGGCAGAUGCUGGAGAGACUCUUGCCUUACCAUGCCCAGAUAUCCUCUUUCACUUCAUGAAGGAGACAGCUGGGAUAGUAAGAAGAAACUGCACAAAGAAAGGUUGGUCAGACCCAUUCCCUUCCUAUCAUAUUGCUUGUCCAGUUGAAGAUGAGAUUCCCCUUGAAGAACAAUCCUACUUUUCUACCAUAAAGAUCAUCUAUACUGUAGGAUACAGUGUAUCUAUCACCUCACUUAUUAUUGCUGUGGCAGUUCUUAUUGCAUUCAGGAGGCUUCGCUGUCCCAGAAAUUAUAUCCACAUACAGCUCUUUUUCACUUUCAUCUUAAAAGCUAUUGCCAUUUUCAUUAAGGAUUCUGUCCUUUUCCAAGAAGAAGACAUUGACCAUUGCAGCUUCUCUACAACUGAAUGCAAGAUCUCAGUUGUUUUCUGUCACUACUUCAUGAUGACCAAUUUCAUGUGGCUGCUGGUAGAGGCUCUUUACCUAAACUGUCUACUACUCUCAUCCCUUUCUCAUGGAAAAAGAUAUUUUUGGUGGCUGGUUCUCUUUGGCUGGGGUUUUCCAACACUUUUCACCCUUAUAUGGAUAUUAGCAAAAUUCUACUUUGAAGACACGGAAUGCUGGGAUAUUAAUCAGGGCUCUCCUUACUGGUGGCUAAUCAAAGGACCUAUUAUAAUUUCUGUUGGGGUCAAUUUUGUCCUAUUUAUCAACAUCAUCAGAAUUUUGCUGAAAAAACUAGACCCUAGACAAAUCAACUUCAAUAACUCAUCUCAGUACAGACGUCUCUCAAGGUCAACUCUCCUUCUAAUUCCUUUAUUUGGAACCCAUUAUAUUGUCUUCAAUUUUCUUCCGGAAUACACCAGCCUGGGGGUUCGGCUUUAUUUAGAGCUCUGCAUUGGAUCUUUUCAGGGGUUUAUUGUAGCAGUUCUUUACUGUUUCCUGAACCAAGAGGUACAAACGGAAAUUGGCCGAAGGUGGCAUGGUAAGAGAUACGGACUUAUGCCAGUUUGGAGAAGGACAAGAUGGACUGUGCCAACCAGUUCUGGAGUAAAAAUGACUACAUCUGUGUGCUAAGGCAGCCUCAGAAGCUGGAGUAAUCAUGUAUAGAAGCCUGAUUAGGAAAAACAAACCAAUAAACAUCAAUAAAA